AUGCAAGCAUUCCUGCAGACCCUACAUGAGCAGUACCGUACCGAGCACUAUGGCCCAUGGCACACAAGAGAAUACUACCCAUGGGAGUAUGACGCAGAAGCUCAACACUGCUUAGAAAGAGGCAAUAAACCAUCCUAUUUCGUCACCGAAGAAGACUGCAAGUUCUUUCAACAACAGGCCAAAAUCCUUCAAGACCGAGCGGCCUACAUACGUCAAGAAUGGGCUAGACAAGAGGCUACCUUACAGCCAAGCACCAAGCAUAUCACUCAGCCAAGCACUAAGCCUGUCACUCAGCCAGUCACUCAGUCAACCACUCAGCUGGCCACUCAGCAAGCCACUCAGCCAGAGCACUCAGUUGAGCAAGAGGAGGAACUACAACAGGCAAAUGCGGAGAACACUGCGGAGAAACCAAGCGACAACAAGGCCACCAUCAGCAAGAACACGGCUCAGCUCUCCACAAUCCCACGUCAUAUGCUCUCCACGGUUCCACGGCAAAUCACCACUCAGCAGGCGGAGAACGAUACUACAAUUUGGCCUGCUAUCUCUGCAUGCCUGGGCAAUAUCACAUUGUGGUACAUCACUGCAAUGAGCACACAAGAGAAGGAUCUACUGCGUCGAUCACAGCCAAUUGGACCUCUGCAGGCAAGGGUCACCUAUCGGACGAUGCAUAUUUGGACGAAUUGA